AUGAACAUUGUGAGUAAAGUCAAUUUCAUGAUACCGUGGAACGUAUUUUGGGUUCAUUUUCUACUGUUUCUUUUAGAAGGGUCUGUUUGUGAAUUCUCUCUUUUGAAAAGAACUCCACGGAACGAGUUUAAUGCAAUUCGUCAGAAAAGAGAUCUCUUAGCAGCUGAGACUGCAGCAGUUUCUUCUGGGGUUCACAUUCAUGAGGCCUUUUCUCAGGUUCAGAAUUCAUCAGAAGGUUCUUGCCCUCAAGAAUGUCUUAAUGGAGCAGUUUGCACAGAGGCAGGAAUAUGUGACUGUGAGACAUUCCAGGCACAAGGAGAACGAUGCCAAACCGUUCCAAAUGUUGGCAAAGAUAGAGAUGGAAUUUGCAAAUCAUGGGGACAGCAUCACUUUGAAACAUUUGAUGGCAUCUACUAUUACUUCCCAGGAAAUUGUUCUUACAUUUUUGUGAAAGACUGCAGUGAUCCAGAGCCUCAGUACACAGUGUGGAUUAAUAACAGCCCACAAUGUGUUGGAUCGGUGUAUUCUUGUUUGCGGUCAAUCAGCCUGUUCUUUUCAGAUCAACAUGAAAUAAUCAUAUCGGGGCAUGAAGUAAGGAAGGGUGGAAUCAGGCUAUCUUUGCCUCAAACAAUUGGAAAUAUUUUCAUUGAGAGAUUAGCAGAUUAUAUUCUGGUGAAAACUACCUUUGGCUUUUCCCUGGCCUGGGAUGGAAACUCUGGGAUAUACAUUAAGCUGACAGAAGAACACAAGGGGAAAACAUGUGGUCUGUGUGGAAAUUAUAACAGCAAUAAUGUGGAUGAUCUCACAAUACAAAAUAGUGACUAUAAAGAAGAUAUUGCUAAAUUUGCAAACAGUUGGUCUGUGCAAACUCCAGAUGAUGCAACUUGUGUAGCUGUUGCCUCUGAUUUUCCUAGUCCAUGCUCAGUUGAUACAGAAUCUUAUGAGAACAUCUACUUCAAGUGCCAAAUACUCUUGCAGUUUCCUUUUAUCAGCUGUCACCAAAGCAUAGAUCCUUAUCCCUAUAUUUCCAGCUGUAUGAAUGACCUUUGUAGAGAGGAUGAUGAUGAAACGUACUGCCGAGCAGUGACGGAGUAUGCUCGAUCAUGCUCUCAUGCAGGUUACCCAAUACGAGACUGGAGGGAUGACUUUCCAGCUUGUACUGAUAAGUGUGAAGAUAGUUUUAUCCACCGGGAUUGUAUUAGCUGUUGUCCACCAACCUGCACAUUUGAGAAAGAUUGUCUUGGAAGUAACCUCCACUGCUUAGAUGGAUGCUAUUGUCCAGAUGGUCUCAUACUAGACAAUGGAACUUGCGUUUCUGUGUCAGAUUGCCCCUGUGUUUAUCAUGGGACAGCUUUCCCUGUUGGCUCAAAAAUUGAGCAAGAAUGUAGUAACUGUAUAUGUAUUGGUGGCAUUUGGAAUUGCACUGAACAUGAUUGCCCAGCUGAAUGCUCAAUUGUUGGGGAUUCCCAUUUCACAACUUUUGAUGGUCGCCAUUACACUUUCCUUGGGGUUUGUCAGUAUAUUCUGGUGAAAGGCACUGGGAAAGACAAAUUCACAAUCACUUUACAGAAAACUCCUUGUGGUCAGAACCUUGAUCAUGCCUGCAUUCAAUCUGUAACAUUAGUUCUUGAAGAUAACAUAAAUAAGCAAGUUACUCUGAACCGGGGUGGUGACGUUCAAUUUGGUUCUUCUAAUCAGGGUUUUAACCUAAAUGGGUAUGUAGAAGUACAGAACCUGUCGUCAUUGUUUGUGCAGCUGAAAACAAAAAUUGGUUUAAGAAUUCAGUUUGCUAAAGAUGGGGAGAGAGUAUAUAUUCAUCUCAGUACUGGUUGGAAGAGAAGAACUUUGGGUCUGUGUGGAACGUAUAAUGGAAAUCUGAGAGAUGAUUUUCUUUCUCCAGCAGGAAUGAUUGAAGGGACUCCACAGCUUCAUGCCAAUGCAUGGAAGGUUUCCUCAGCUUGUCAUGUGCCCGUCAACGUCCCUGUGGUUGAUCCUUGUAACAUUAACCAACAAAAUGUUGGAUAUGCAUCCCAGUGUGAUCUCAUCAAUCAAGAACUCUUUGCUCCAUGUCAUGUCUACAUCAGUCCAGGAUUAUACUAUCAGCUUUGCCGCUUUGAUGCCUGCAAAUGUGGGAGCAGCUGUUUGUGCAAUGCACUUGCACACUACGCCUAUGUAUGCAGCAAGCAUGGGAUUACUAUUGAUUUCAGAUCUCAUGUCUCAUAUUGCACAUUAGUGUGCAGAGGUGGAAUGCUGUACCAUCCAUGUUCUUCUUUCUGUGAGCACUCCUGUGCUUCCCUUUCUCUUUUGGAUAUUUGUGAUAACGAUUGUGCUGAAGGAUGUAAUUGCCCUGAUGGAAAAUACUUUGAAGAAUCUAUCAGUUUUUGUGUGCCAAUGGCUAGCUGCCGAUGUUACUAUAAAGGCAGGAGUUUUCAGCCUGGGGAAAUACUGCCUACACCAUCAGGCUCAUGCCAAUGUCUGAAUGGAACAAUGAGAUGCACUGAAGCUGCUGCAGUUCCUGCAGUUCAUGCAUGCCCUGAAGAAAAGAUCUACUAUGAUUGCCGAUCUCAUGUGCUUGGCUUGCCACCUGCUGGAGUAAACUGUGAGCUAUCCUGUGCAAACCUUGCCAUGAACUUCACCUGUGCACCAUCUCCGCCAUGUGUGAGUGGUUGUAUCUGUCCCCUUGGGAUGGCAGAGCAUAAAGGAAAAUGCUAUGUUCCUGACAGCUGUCCAUGUACCUGGAAAGAUUGGGAAUAUAUGUCUGGAGAAGUGAUAGCUACGCCUUGUUAUACAUGUGUUUGUCGACGUGGAAUAUUUAAUUGCACUUAUUAUCCUUGUCCUGCUGUAUGUACAGUCUAUGGGGACCGGCAUUAUUAUACAUUUGAUGGUCUAGAAUAUGAUUAUGUCAGUGACUGCCAGGUUUAUUUGGUAAAGGGUAUAGAUAAUUCAAACUUAUCUAUAAUAGUUCAGAACAAGAAGUGCUUUGAUAAUGACAUUGUUUGUUCAAAGAGUGUCUUUAUCUCUGUUGGAGAAACUGAGAUUUAUUUCAGUGAACCCCUAGACAUCCAGGUAAGUUCAAUUUUCUUGAAACAUGAAGACAAAACCAAGUAUCAACUUUGGAAGGCUGGAUACUAUACAGCAGUACAUUUUCCAGAACAGGAGAUCACAAUCCUGUGGGAUAGGAAGACCACGAUGCACAUCAAAGUUGGAGCUCGAUGGAAGGGUAAAUUGGCAGGUUUGUGUGGGAAUUUUGAUAAAUUUACUUCAAAUGAUCUGACUACAUCCAACAACAUGGAAGUAAGAAAUGCUCAAGUAUUUGGAGAGAGCUGGGCAAUAGGACAGUGUGCAAGUCCAAAUGAAACUAUAAAACCAUGUGAAGUACAUCAAAGCAAGUUCCCUUAUGCCAAAAAAGAAUGCUCAAUAUUGUACAGUGAUGUUUUUGCUCCCUGUCGCAAUGUGAUUGAUGUGACAUCAUUUGUCAAGAACUGCCAUACAGACACAUGCAAUUGUAAUCUUGGUGGAGACUGUGAAUGUCUGUGUACAAGUAUUGCAGCUUAUGCUCACAAAUGCUGCCAGCAGGGUACAGUCAUUCACUGGAGAUCUCCUUCUCUCUGUCCUUAUGAUUGUGAUUAUUACAACCAAGGCCUUGGAGAAGGACCAUUUAUUUUGGCCAGCUAUGGUCAGAAUGACAGUGUUAUAGGAGUCAAUGUCACCAGCAGAAAGAUCUUUCCUUUGCCUAGAAACAGUAUCAAUGGAAACGUGUAUUUUAAUUUUAUGUUAACUCCAGGACUUUUUAAAGAUAAAAUAAUAUCUCCAUCUCUAGUUUCCCUUGAAUCUGCAGAAAGACCAAACUACUUUCUAUAUGUCCAUGACAAUGAAAGUGUUUGCUUGGAGCAAUGGGAUGCAAGUUCAUCUUUCCGUAGAAGGGCUACUUUUUUCCAUCAUCAGGGCCUUUGGGUCCCAGGUUACAGUGCAUUUGAACUGCAUAGCAAGAAAGGCUUUUUCAUGAUCCUCAGCACAUCUGCUGUGAAAGUAUCCAAGUAUGAUGAUUCUGAAGAAUUCAAACAUUCAAGUAGCUUCAAUAUAGAGGAACCCCAUACAGCAGUACCUUACAGGAGGAUGUGUGAAUGGAGAUAUGAGCCUUGUACAAGUCCUUGUGUUAAAACAUGCAGUGAUCCUGAAGGAAUCGCAUGUAAAUUUCUUCCACCGGUUGAGGGAUGUUUACCAUACUGCCCUAAAGAUAUGAUUCUUGAUGAAGUCACACUUAAAUGUGUCUAUCCAGAAGACUGUGUACCUGUGAAACCUACAGAACCGGCGUUUGGGACGAAGCCACUGAGUACCAAGCCCAAGUCACCAAUUCCCCAUACAGGGGACAUGACAGAAACAUUUUCUCAGAUGCCGCCUCCUGUGUUUGUCACUGAACGGGCUGAGACAACACACAGUCUAACUACUAAAAUGACACCUGAGGAAAUAACAUUAAGAGAGGCAAACACUACAGAAAAAAUACUUACUGAUCUAUAUUCAGCAGCAUCACCUAAUGCAAGUAUCUAUUUGCCUGAUUUGUUACCACUUCCAGGGCAUACUUUAGAAGAUGGCUACAGCACUAUAAGUCUACCUGUGUUCUCUCGACCUAUCUCGCCAACAGCUUUCCCAACUACUUCAGAAGCCUCAAAAGUUACUUCAAAAGUAACAUCCUACAGCUCAAGUCCUACUUUCUUUGUAUCAUUGGCCUCCACAACUACAGCUGUACCAUCAGUGUCUGUUUCUCCUGCAGUAACAAGAGCAUCAACUGUGCCAUUGGAAUCUUCAUUUUCUUCAGCCACAUUAGCUACUGUACCUCUUGGGCCAGACUUUGUCUCUUCUGAAAUACCUACAAGUAUCUUAAUGACUGAAAAUCCUUCCACAAGCCAUUCUCCGGUGCCAGUGGCAGCUACAGAAUCUUUAUUAACUGAAAUAACAUCUUUUCGAAGUCCUAUGCUAUUUACAAGUUCACCACCUACACAAACAUUUGCUGUAACUUCAAAAACUAGAUCUACUAUGACUCACCCUUUCAUUCAUUCAAGCUCUCUUUUUUCACUAACUACACCUGUGUCCCAUAUUCCCUUACUUACUACUAGAUUUACUACACUUCCAGUAAGCCCUGUUUAUAUUACUACAGCUUCAGAUUCUGUGACAAUCCAACCUGGCACACAAACAUUAACUAAUACUUUGCUGCCUACAUCUAUUUCAUCACCAAAAGCACUUCUGACACUUUCUGAACAUGUUGUUCCGUUAACUACAAAACAGUUACCAGUGCUUUCAGAUAUAGUUAGUAGAACGUCAUCUUCUACACAACGUCCUAGUAUAUGGGCUUCCCUGAGUCCCAAAGUGACACACAUGAUGUCUACAUUAGUGUCUCCUCCAAUUACAUCUCAACAACCCAAAGCAACUGGAGAAGUUACAAUUGUCUCAAAGAGCUUUCAUAUCGGAAUUUCCACAGCUUCUCUUCCAGGUAUUUCUCAAACCUCCAAAUCAUUGGUAACAAGUGUGGUUCCUACAGAAAGUAAGCAUGCAUUACACACAGAUUCAACUCAAGUGUCAACCAUUUUUGUAAGUUCACCAGAGGUUGCAGGUACUAGGGCUUUGCCUAGUAGUACCUCAACCUUACCUAUAAAAGUUUCAUAUGACACAGCACAAACAACUUCUAAAGUAACUGUGCACUCAUUUGCUCAACACACAGAAUCAAAAACUGCUUCUAAAAGUGCAGACACUACAUCUACAGAAUUCCCAGAAACCAUAUCUGCUUUUACAAGGCCAUCCACAUUACUUACAGUGUUAUCAACAAGAUCAUCAACUCCUCAUACCUCUGUCUCAGCAUCUCAUCCUGGAAGUUCAUCAGUGAUUCCCACAAUUAAUAUGUCUGCUGUGAUACCAACUGGCACACACAUACAAAUGCCAAUUGUAUCACUUGGGACACAUGCUACCUCAACAAGUCCAGGUUCACCUGUUGCAGUCACUCCUUCAGCUUCUUCUUUGUUAAGUGCAGAUACUACCACAAUACAUACUACAACUUUGCCUCCUCCUGAGGUCUCUAUGUCUAUGCUUUCCUUGGGAACAACAGGUUCCUCUUUGACUUCUGCAACAGACAGUAGACCAUUAUCUUCAUUGCUAUUCAGUACUCAGUCUGUAGAGCCAGCACUGACUGUGGGUCCACUUUGGAAUAUUACAUCAGCUCCAACUGACGUAACUGAAAAGUAUUCCCAUAGUUCCUCAGCAAGUUUUCUUGUUUCCUCGGCCAAGACAGCUGUUACUAGCAAAACUACACAACUCACUGAACUUGCUCCCAUCAGUUUUGAAUUUUACACAGCUGCUACUUCAGUCCUAAUUCCUGCUACCUCCCAAACACCUAUGUAUACUCCAAAUGUUACUUUGUUUACAUCCAAACCUUCCACAGAAGCCUUCAGAACGAUACCCAUUAAAAUGGACGAACUUACUACCUCGGAUUGGAUAAAGCUGGGAAUGACCCAGGCUUCAGAACUUCAAAAUGCAACCUCUAUUGAGAAAACUGCUUAUGUCUUAGAAAGUAAUCAGACCUCAGAAGUACAAAAAAAUGUCACUAAGUAUGCAAGCAUUGAGGAGUCUACACUACUUCACUCGGCAUUAUCUCCUGUCCCAGGUAGUCCGUCUGUAAAUGAAAGCAGCACUGCUUCAGUGAAACCAGUCUCUGAAGUGACUGAUAUAACAUUAUCAGAUUGGUCUAGAGUUCCACCACCAAAAUCAGUUAGACCUUACUACAGCGUGACUGAACCAGAGCAAGUGAGAAUCACCAGCUUGCAGAAUGUCACAGUGAUGGAUUCAUCUCGUUCCACUGCACAGCCUUUGGGAACUCAAACUUCACAGACUGAAAUAGAAAUGGUGACAACAGAUAGUGGGGAAUAUGCUUCAUUUGGCACAAUGAUACAUACACUAAUAUCUGUCACAUCCCCUGAAUGCACGCCAAGGUAUCUUGAUCCAGUAGAUAUAUGUAGUCAGUAUGUAUGCAUUAAUAUGGGAUGGAUGCUUUACAACCUUUCAAAGAACUGCCACAAGAAUGUGGAAAAACCUGAUUGCGGUUUUCGAGGGAUGCCAGUGCAGGUUAACAGUGACAGCUGCUGUCCAGAGUGGGAAUGUCCAUGUCAAUGCUCUGUCCUUUCUGAACUGAGCAUAAUUACAUUUGAUGGAAAUAAUGUAGCACUGUAUAAAGUAGCCUCCUACAUUUUAGUCAAGCUCCCCACAGAAAUUAUCGUGGCUCAUAUUGAAAAAUGUCCCACCAACCAGAGUGCCAAUUCAAUAAGAAAACUAAUUCCACCUGGAAGUGCUUCAGGUCUCUGUUUUAAGAAGCUUAACGUAACAACGCUUUCAUAUACAGUGCUUAUCAACCGUUUAGCGAGAAAGGUAGUUGUGGAUUCAGUGAUUCAGCCUUUGCCAUUCUCAAAACAUGGCUUAUGUAUUCAAGAUACUGGUGCUAUGUAUGUAAUUAAUACACCAGCUGGCAUCAACAUUAAGUGGGCUCAUGUUACAGGCAUUAUAGACAUCCAGUAUGGCUUUCAUUCAAAUACAUCCACCAAGACUGAAGGCCUUUGUGGUGUUUGCAAUGGUGAUCCAGUUGAUGACCUGAAAAUGCAAAAUAGAACAAUCAUUACAAAUAUGGAAGAAAUUGAGGCUUUUAUUAGGAGUUGGGAAAUUGAGAAAUCUGUUGAUGUAACAACAAGGAGACCUGUUAGAAACUGCACAGAAGAUAACUGUACAUAUUGUAUGGAGCUCUUACACAGAUGGGCAUUUGCCCCCUGCCACAAAAAAGUUUCACCUCAAGACUUUUGUGAGAAAAUGUGGAUCAACAAUACUUAUUUUUGGAAUUAUGAAUGCGAUGCUCUUUCUGCCUAUGUAGCAUUGUGCAACAAGCAUAAUAUCUGCAUUAAAUGGAGAACACCAGAUUACUGCUCACUUAGUUGUCCUGAUGGGAAGGAGUACCAGCCUUGUGUGCAACCCUGUGCUGCUAAAACAUGCCUAAAUAAGUGGUUCUAUGAAGAAUCACCAUGCUCCUACUUACGGGAAGACUGUGUUUGCAAAAAUGGGACUAUUCUCCAUAGAACGAACUCUGACCUCUGCAUUCCAGAAGAAAAAUGUGCCUGUACAGAUAAUGAAGGGCAGCCCCACUCUGCUGGAGAGGUUUGGAAUGGCUCCAACAAAGGAUGCUGUAUGUACAAAUGUUUGGAGAAUGGGAGCAUUGUUGCUAUAGAGCCUGAAUGCCAUGAAGAGCCGCCUCUGAGAUGUGAGCGAGAAGGUGAAGUGAUUAUUCAUGUUAUUGAAGAGCGGGCCUGCUGUCCAAAGAAAGUCUGUGAAUGCAACAUGUCUGUAUGUGACCCUGUUACUCCAACAUGCAAAAGUGCUGAAAAGUUGGUAGUGGGUUAUAGUCCUUAUUCCUGCUGUCCUCAAUACCGAUGUGAAUGUGAUCCAUCUGCGUGCCCCAAUGCUUCCCGUCCAGAGUGUAGAGAAGACCAGUUUAUAGUUGAAGCAAAACAGGAGGAUCCUUGCUGUUUCUCCUAUUUGUGUGUUUGUGAAUCCUGUAUUGAACCUAUUCCAUUAUGUAACGAAGGGGAAAUUCUCACUGUAGAUCUUAGUACUACACACUACUGUUGCCCUCAUUACCACUGUGUCUGUGAUGAGAAACUCUGUCCCUUACCUCUACUGAACUGCUCUUCUGAUAUGAAAUUUGUGAAGAAAAGAGUACCUGGACAGUGCUGUCCAGACUGGCACUGUGAAUGUGACUGCAAAAAUGCUACUGUACCAGCUUGUAAAGUGGGAGAAGUUCAGAGAAUAGAUGACAGUGUUUCUAGCACAUGUGGAUGCCAACAAUAUACUUGUGAAAAAGAUGAUGUCUGUGUAUUCCAAGAGGCUACUGUGUUAAACCCUGGCCAGACGAUGAUUCAGUAUUUGGAUGGAAAUCUUUGUUACACAGUAAAGUGUACACGAGAGAGAGACCUCAGCACGGGAUUCUAUGCCAUAGAUCUGACAGUAGUUAACUGCUCUCAAAAGUGUGAGGCCCACCAAAUAUACAUUCCUUCUCCUAGUCAACAUUCUUGUUGUGGUUCCUGCAUAAAUGUAUCAUGUCCUUUCUACACUGGUAAUGGAACCCUAGUCAUUUAUGAUAAAGGAAGCACAUGGGACUCAAAUUGCACUAAAUAUGAAUGUUUAGCAACUGAUGUAGGUGCUGUGGUACUUGGAUCCAGUGUCAUUUGUCCACCAUUUAAUGAGACUGAGUGCACAAAGAAUGGAGGCACUGUACAGACUUAUAAUGAUGGCUGCUGCAAGACUUGCAAAAGGGAUGAAAGAAUUUGCCAAAAGGUGACAGUCAGAACAACUAUAAGGAAACAUGACUGCAUAAGUCGAAGUCCUAUACCUGUGGCUUCGUGUGAUGGAAAAUGUCCUUCAGCCACAAUUUUUAAUGUCAACAUUGAUAGCCAUUUAAGAUUCUGCAAAUGUUGUCGUGAAAAUGGAGUGCAGAAUCUAACUGUGCCACUUUACUGCUCAGGAAAUGGCACUGAAAUUAUGUAUGUCAUCCCAGAGCCUACAGACUGUUCAUGUCAGUGGAAUUAAGGAUUUGAUUAACAUUGUGAAGGACUACAUUCAAUGGGGUUAUUAUUAUUUUUUUUACUGAAAUGAUUCAGAUGUUGUAUGUAUGUAUGUAUUUAUCUCAUGUUUCAGACAUAGUUAUUCAACAAUUAAUACUGUUAAUACAGAAAAAAUUGUAUAUGUUGGAAUAUAUACAACACUUCAUUCAUACAGUAAUUUACUUAUCUUUCACUCAGAAGUGUGAAUUUUCCAGUCCAUGGUGAACAGGUUGUCACAAAUAUCUUGCUCUAGACUCAUUGUAAUUGGAAACCUUUUGUAGCUUAUUAGCAUUUCCAUUGGCAUCACUCAGUGAAUAUGCUUAAUGAAACCUGUUUGUAAUAUUGAUUGUUUUGAAAUCCAUUAUGCACCAGUAUUCUAAAUAUUUAUGAUGUUUUUGUUUUCUAAUUUCCUUCAUACUUUAUGGACAACCUGAGCAGAAUUUUGUGAUGACUUUUCAAGUAUAUCUAAAAGCUUCUAUUUAAUCACCUUUGACAUUCAUUUUGGAAUUGCAUUUAGAUUUAGAAGUUAUUACAGAGAGAUAAUUGCUAUUUUCUAUUUUUUCCUCGAACAGUGAUACAAAACUCUAAGGUAGCAUCCAGACUAGUAAAUCAUGACAAAGUACCAUUGAGCUCAAUGAAACAAGUUAGUCAUGACUAACUUAAAUCCCAUAAUUUUAAUGGAACACAACCGUGACUAACUGUCUGGGUGCUGCCCUAUGGAAAUAUGUAUACUUGUGUUAAAGAAGAAUGUGCACCUUUACUAUUUUGUUCACUUCUUUCAUUUAAAACAUUCUGCCAUUAUUAAUUUAAAAAUGUGAUAACUAUUGUUAUAAAGAUAUGCAAUUCUACAAUAAACAUUGUGCAAUUUUGAAAUUAUUAUUGCAUGCUAUUCAGGCAGCAGGAAAAAUGAAACCAAGCCUAGUGUAAUUACUGUAACAAAAACAGCAUUAGUUAUUAUGCCUGUUAUUAUGUAAGGAGUUAGUAGUAUACUAAGCAGAACACUGUCUGUUAGUAGUACACCAAGUUGAAAUGGCUUCUUUUUGACGUUAUACAUUUUAACAUCAGAUGUGGCUUUCAUGUGAAAACCACAGGGCCAGUGCCAGGGCGCCCAGCAAAGUGCCUUGGAGGUUUCCGGGAGCUCUAGUGUGGGUUUACUUGGGCAGUAGGUCAGCAGUGGUCUGGAGUGCUCUGCAGUGGCCACACUGGCAAACUGUGAUGCAGGGUGCAUUGUUGUUAAGGGAGGGAGGGAGGGAGGGAGAGACUGCUGCCAGGGAACCA